AUGAUGCAAUUCCUGGGAUCCUCUGACCAAACCAAGCCUGACCACCCUCCCAAGGUGGUCAACAUUGGCGCGGUCAACCCUUAUGCCCUCACCGAGGUCAUCCUUGGUCGGCCAAUUGACAAGACCUCCCCGGUCGUGGCAAACAUCAUCAGCGAGGUCCUCCAGACCCAGUACUCGCAGCUCUUUGACAUGAAACAUGACUCUGUGCUCUAUCCCGGCCUAAAGCUCAACUCCAAGGGCAAGGAGGCUGAGCGCAUCAGGAGCGAGGACAUGGAUGUUCUCAACGAGGAUGACUUUACCACUCCUGACUUGUCUCGCAUCAACAAGCUGUCUGACCUUGAGCAUAUCGGAAUCAAGAACCCACUUGAUCUCAAGGUCGUAAAGGCCUUCUUGCAGGGUGGCCAGCUGAACAUCGUUCUGCACCAGAAGACCUUGGGCAAGAACCUGUCCAACCAUGCCCUGACAAACUCCCUGAUGGAGACCAUCACUCCUUACAGGAAGCACAGAGGCCAGUGGACAGCCCCCAACUGUGUCUGGGGAACCACCAACGAGCUGAGCCUCAGAAUCCAGCGCAAGCGGCUGGAGAACCUGGCCAUCAACCUGGGCAUGGGUAUGGGCAUGAUGAACAGAUCAAGCACCGUGGGGCCCUUGGGAUCUACCCAAAUGGCCCAGCAAGAAAUGGACCAGGAGAUGGUCCAGAUGGCCCAGUUCAAUGACCCCGUGCAGGGCGCCAUCGCCAACAGCUGGCUCAUUGCAGCCAUCCAUGCCGUCGCAUGGUCUGAUCCAUACAGGAUCUGCCGCGACGAAUCAUUCGUCCUCGACUCGACCCAUCGGGAGAAGGAGAAGGAGAAGAAGCGCGGCCUCCGCAUCAAGCUCUACAGCAAGGGCGGCGAGAACGACGCCCACACCGCCGAGAUCGACGUCGACUACGACAUCCCCGUCAACAACGUGACCAACUGGCCCGUCUACUACCGCUCCAGCAACAGCCUAGGCGCCGUCUAGCCCGCCAUGUACGAGAAGGCCUUCGCCAAGUGGCUGACCAAGGGCUCGUCGGAGCACCCCGACAUCACCCAGACGUCCGCCGCGGCCGCGGGCGGCGACCCCAUCAAGGCCAUGGCCCAGAUCAACGACCGCACCCCGCACUACUUCUUCACCGGCUCGCGCUCCGGGCAGGACCUCGUCGGGCUCGUCCGCGCCAACUCGGUCAGCUUCAAGACCAUCCACCCCAUGUGCGCCUACACGCACGCCUCGGGCGACGUGUACAAGGGCUCCAACCUCGUGGCCAACCACGCGUACUCCGUCCUGGGCUGGAUCUCCUCCCCGGGGACCCAGCAGUACAUUGUGCUGCGCAACCCGUGGGGCGUCACCGAGCCCGUGGGCAUGA